CUAAGAGAUGCAUCGAUCCAAAUCCUGAAAAAAGACCUACUGCAAAAUCUGUUAAUCUUCAAGUUGGAUUUUGGAUCGAAGAAAUGUUAAGUUUAGAUGAAGAUAAUGAAAUUAAAAUGCAAUUUUUAGAAAAUGAUAAUACGUUACAAGUAAUUAACACAAAUACAAACUUGUCUUUGAUAAGUAAACCCAUCGAUACCAUCGAAAUUUCAGA